AUGGGAGAACUACUCCAUGGAGAAAGAGGCAAAAGCAGAAUCACACGCGGAAUUCAUACUGUGAAGGAUGGAUUCCUGCUUCUGGACGUUGAUCGGCACUUCUCCAAGCUCAAACUGGCCUCCAAUGGUGUUGAAGAUCAAUCUAGGGCACUUGGAGACUCUUGUUCGUCGCUUUCUCUCUCUAGGAAUCGCUCUGUCUCUCUAAAACUCGAAUCCCCUUCUCUUUGGCUGAAAAUAUGCUUAAAAAGGCAUCAGUGGCCAAAACACGGUCGAGGACACGGCCGUGUAAUGUUUCAGCCCGCCCGUGUUUUGGCUAGGGUUAAUUACACGGCCUGUGCAUUGCGCGAAACACGGGCGUGUUUGAUGGUGGACACGGCCAUGCUUUGUGGACACGGCCGUGCUUCUGCCCGUGUUUUUAGCCAAUGUCUGCCCAACUUGAAUUUGCUCUCGGCAGUAAAAACACGUGGAUCAUACUGGCUUUCGAUCAGUAACACAUGA